AUGGCUUUAGUAGCAGCUCUGAAUGACUGGAACGCGCCUUCGACGUCUGCUCAAGGUGCACGACAGUAUGAACAGCUUGCUCAUGCAUUAAAAAUGGCAAAGGAAUACCUAUAUCCGAGAGAUGUUAGUUCUUCCAGAUCAGCUAUCAAGCCAGUCGAAACACCUGAUAUCACUGCUGCUUUCAAACUUGCCGUAAGAGAUGGAAGAGGUUCAUCAUUGUACUCUGAUUUCAUGGAUGCCGUCGAUUCAAGAUUCUACCUUGUCAAGGACGAUAUUGAGCGAUACGUAGAUGACUUAGGAGUAGUUCAAGAGGAUGAUCAGGAUGUUGGAAUGAUAAUGAGUGAGAUGUUGGAAAGAAUAGCCAUCUGGCAAAGAGCUUGGGGGGUGCCUUUGAGAGCUUUUCAAGAUCCUAAACUGAUAGGAUCCUUUACAUCGACGUUCCAUUCGUUGUUACAUUCCUCCUUACCACCAUUAUUCCCUUCUCAUCUGCUAUCAUUCUUGACGCUGUCGCUGUCAUCCCUGCCUGCUCAUCUACUGGACCCCCCACAAGCUCCACAAUUAUUCCAAUCCGUUCCAGUCAAUUAUCACAAAGUCCCACCUCCGUCGCCGCACCUUUCCAGAUUAGGUAUUUUUCCGAGGUAUUCCGGGACAUUGAGCAAAGUUGCUUACAAGGAGAUUGAGAAGAUUGCAAGGGAGGAAGCUGGUAAGGGAUGGGAUGUAAGAAGAUUGACCAGAGCCAGGCAGAGAGUCGGUGAUGGAGUAGCCAAUUGGUUGAGUGGAAUGUUUGAGGGUAAGUCACAAUGUAAGGGAAGUAUGUUGACUCGGACAGGUAACGAUUCCGCUCAAGCAGCUUUAAGACCUAUGUUCUCGAGGUUCGAUUAUUAUCUCUGUAAAUGUUUCUUUGAUAUCAGGACUGACGAGUUAUUCGACAUCAUUGUCGAUUUCCCGGAUUCUAUGGCUGCUUUGGAAGAUCUCAAGGAAUGCUUAUUCAAGGUGGAUCAACGGCUUGAGCUGGUUAACAAAUUGAAUGCAGCAAACUUGAAACGUCUUCUUCAUCCGGGAGCAGAGACGAAAGUGGUUUUAUCAUUAUACAUAUCCACAAUUCGAUCAUUACGUAUUCUCGAUCCACCAGGAGUACUAUUACACAAGGUUGCUACACCUAUUCGAGCUCAUUUGAGGGAAAGGCCAGAUACGAUCAAAUGUAUAGUAGCGGCAUUGGUUGAAGGCGAAGAAAUAGGUGAUGAGAAUGAGAACGCAGGUUUGAUUAAAGAUGAUUUAGGAAUGGCAAGUGGUUCGGAUGGAAUCGAAGAUUGGUCAGACCCAAAAUGGGAUCCUGAGCCUAUCGACGCCGCUCCUGAGUUCCGAUCGGGUAAAGCUGGUGAUAUUGUCUCAACCCUGGUUAGCAUAUAUGAAACCCGUGAAGUCAUCAUCAAAGAGUUACAAGUUUUAUUGGCGACGAGGUUGCUGGCUGUCAAAGACUAUGAUGCCGUGAAAGAGAUACGCACGAUCGAAUUGCUCAAACUCCGAUUCGGCGAACAAGCGUUACAUGUGUGCGAUGUCAUGCUGAAAGAUAUGGCAGAUUCAAAGAGAAUAGAUGAUCACGUUCAGGGUGACAUCGAGUCCAACGUGCACCCCUUGGUGAUUUCCAAAAUGUUCUGGCCAAACAUACCAGGAUCGUCACUACAGCUACCACCGAAAUUGCAAAAAGCACAAGAGGAAUACGAAUCUGCAUUCCACCACUUCAAACCCGAUAAACACCUGCGAUUCUUACAGUCUUUAGGCAGUGUCCAUCUCUCAGUUGAACUGGAAGAUCGAGUGAUUGAAGUUGAGGCUACUCCAAUCCAAGCUUCGAUCAUUGAGCUAUUUGAGAGAAAAGAAUCGUGGAAGGCGGAUGAGUUGAAGGAGGACUUGAAAAUUCCUAGUGGAUUAUUGAAAGAUGCUCUUAACUGGUGGAAAGAAAAAGGUGUGGUGAGUGAGGAAAAGGGGAUUUGGAGGUUGUUGGAAUUUGCCGAAGAGGAAGAAUAG